AUGACUGCAAUUCCAGGCUCUAGAGGCACAUUAGUUGUGAUCAAUUCGACAGGCCGUCAGACGUCUAGUGUUAUCAGAGUAGCUUCUGCUAUCGGAUAUAGAGUUCGGGCACAGUUAAGAUCGGCGACCAAAGGACCCAAAGUAGCGCUCGCACAGGAGCUAGCAUCGCUGCAAAACGUUGAACUAGUUGAAGGGUCAUUGAGUGACCCGAAUAUCGUGAACAACUUGUUCAAGGGAGCAGAUGUCGCCUUUAUCAAUACGACGUUUUGGGGUGACGAGGUAGCCAUCGGCAUGUCUCUGGCGAAAGCGGCGAAAGAGGCCGGGAUUAAGCAUUACAUCUAUUCAAGCUUGACGGAUCACAAGAAAUGUUGGGGGAAUCAUCUUCCGCAUCUUCCAUACUGGGCUACGAAACAUCAGGUUGAGGAAUACAUCCGGUCAGAGCUCCUGAAGGAUAUGCCUACAACCUUCGUCUAUGCCGGAAUCUACAAUAAUAAUUUUUCUACCUUUCAUCAUUUGCCCUUAUGGGAGCUGCAACUCGCGGACGAGAAGGAUGGCGGCGGAUUCGUUUGGACUGCGCCAUUCGACGAAGACUACAAGAUGCCAUUCCUAGACGCAGAACACGAUACCGGCCCAGCCGUCAUCCAAAUCCUCAAGGAUGGCCCCCAGAAGUGGAAUGGAGCUAGAAUCCCACUGGCUUUUGAGUACCUUAACCCUAGAGAGAUAGCGGCGGUGUUUACAAAGGCGUUAAAUCGACCGUUUACCUAUAAGAAGGCGGGGCUUGAGAUCAAAGCAAAACUCCCUGAUGGCUAUAUGACACAAGUCCUUGCCAUUGCGGAAUUGUUUGGGACCCAUAGAGCGGAUUACUUCCCUCCAGGUAUGACCGCACCAGGUCCCGCAAGAAAGAUAUGGCGCGGAUGGCGCGGACUUGAAGAAUACGCACGGGAGGUUUUCCCUAUUGAAGAAGCACAUAAUGGCAGAACAUGGAUGUACGGGGAUGAGGAAGAUGAGGACAUAAUGGAUGGUGACGAGGAGUUCGACGAAGAAGAAAUGGCUGGCAGUCCCGAGAAUACCGUUGUCGGAGACGAGGACACAGCGAUCUACAGCUACAUUGGUGACCAGAAACAUUGA